AUGUGCUCUACAGUAGACAAUUUUAUAAAUUAUAAAAAGUUGUUAGUGCCUAAAGACGUUGUUAUUGGGGAUGGGACAAUAAUAAAAGCAUUAGGUUAUGGUGACAUUGACCUUGAAGCAUAUGAUGGUCAACAAUGGAUCAAAACAUUAAUAAGCAAUGUUUUGUAUGUGCCGAGCAUCAAGGUAAACCUAUUUUCCAUGAGUGCUGCUCUGGAUAAAGGCUACAAGCUGGAAUCAACUGCUACUGAGUGCCAGUUUAUAAAAAACAAUAGUGUCUAUGCUAUAGCGAAGAGACAUGGUAAAAUGUACACAAUGUUAUUCAAAAAGCCCGAUGCUUGUGCCAUGGUUGGAAAAGUGAUGUCAAAUUUAAGGGAAUGGCAUACUAAACUAGCUCACCAAGACAUUAACCAAGUGAAAAGCAUCUUGAUGAAACAGAAUAUAAAGUUUAAAAAUAGUAAAGAAGAAACCUGUUUGCCACGUUUGAAAGGAAAACAACAUAAGUUUCCCUUCCCAUUGAGUACCCAUAGAGCAACAAAACCAGGAGAGUCUGAAGAAUACAAAGAAAGAGACAGAGGACAAGAAAAAGAAAAUUACAUUGAUUUUGACACUCAAGAAGACACAGAACAAGUAUUAGAACUAGAACAAAGCCAGUAUGAAGAUAUUGAGGACCCUGAAACAAUAGAAAGUGAAAAAGAAGUGAACUCAAUUCAUUCCUUUCAUGAGGAG